CCUGCAGUGGGCGCAUGUUCACGCGCGUUAGGGCUGGACCAGCGUCCCAGCACCACUAUCCCUCUGUAACAGAUUUACAGAUUGACACCGUUGUCACUUUUUGAUUCACACAGCGAGAACUGCGAGCCGUCUUCUCAGCAGUGCCUGCAUCCAUACAGUCAAGUAUGUAUCCAGUCGGAGGGAUAUCUGCGAGCAUAUACGCCAACAGGCUCCGAUCAGAGGGCAUGGGCACCAAGAGCCAAGCUGUUCUCUUUGCUAGCCAGGACUAUGAGGCACUGAAGCAGCAAUGUCUGGAGUCGGGCUGCCUGUUUGAAGACCCCUGCUUCCCUGCUGAGCCUCCAUCACUGGGCUUUAAGGAGCUUGCACCCUAUUCCUCUAAAACAAGAGAUGUGGAGUGGAUGAGGCCCACGGAGCUAACAGGUGACCCUCAGUUCAUCGUGGGUGGUGCCACCAGAACAGACAUUUGCCAGGGAGCUCUGGGUGACUGCUGGCUCUUAGCAGCCAUCGCCUCUCUGACCCUGAACGAGAGGCUCCUUCAUCGGGUUGUUCCACACGGACAGACCUUCCAAGAUGACUAUGCUGGAAUCUUCCACUUUCAGUUCUGGCAGUUCGGUGAAUGGGUAGAUGUUGUGAUUGACGAUCGAUUGCCUGUCAAAGAUGGGGAGCUCAUGUUUGUCCAUUCAGCUGAGGGAAAUGAAUUCUGGAGUGCACUCCUGGAGAAAGCUUAUGCCAAGCUGAAUGGCUCCUAUGAGGCUCUGUCUGGAGGAAGCACCACUGAGGGGUUUGAGGACUUCACAGGUGGUGUGUCUGAGAUGUAUGAGCUGCGCAGCGCCCCAAGAGAUCUGUACAGGAUAAUUGGCAAAGCUCUGGAAAGAGGCUCCCUGCUGGGUUGCUCUAUCGACAUCACCAGUGCAUUUGACAUGGAGGCUGUUACAUUCAGGAAGCUUGUGAAGGGUCACGCCUACUCAGUCACAGGGCUGAAGGAGGUUGAUUACCGUGGCAACAUGGUACGCCUGAUUCGAAUACGUAACCCUUGGGGACAGGUGGAGUGGACCGGUGCCUGGAGCGACAAUUCCACUGAAUGGGAUGAGAUUGACCCUUCUGAAAGAGAAGACUUGCAUCUUCAGAUGGAGGAUGGAGAAUUUUGGAUGUCCUUCAGUGAUUUCUUGAGGCAGUUUUCUCGACUGGAGAUCUGCAACUUGACUCCAGACGUUCUGAGUGAGGACAGCAUGAGCCACUGGAACACCAUGAAGUUCUACGGGACGUGGAGGAGAGGCAGCACAGCUGGGGGCUGCAGAAACCAUCCCAACACGUUUUGGAUCAACCCUCAGUAUAAGAUCACCUUGCUGGAGGAGGAUGAUGAUCCAGAUGAUGACGAAGUGGCGUGCAGUUUUUUAGUAGCCCUUAUGCAGAAGGACCGCCGCAGAUAUCGGCGCCAUGGUCAGGAUAUGCACACCAUUGGCUUUGCUCUUUAUGAGAUUCCAGAAGAGUACAGAGGCUGCCAGAAUGUCCAUUUGAAGAAAAAUUUCUUCCUGACCCACUCGUCGUGUGCUCGCUCCGAGACCUUCAUUAAUCUGCGGGAGGUUAGCACGCGCCUGCGUCUGCCCCCUGGAGAGUACCUCAUCGUCCCCUCCACCUUUGAGCCUGGCAAAGAGGCCGACUUUGUCCUCAGAGUGUUCACUGAAAAGCAGUCAGAGACAGAAGAGCUGGAUGAUGAAGUCUCUGCAGAUUUUGGAGAUGAGGAGGAGAUAACAGAAGAUGACAUUGAUGACUCUUUCAAGUCCAUGUUUGCUCAACUUGCCGGAGAGGACAUGGAGAUUUCUGUUCAUGAGCUUAAGACCAUUCUAAACAGAGUCAUCUCCCGACACAAAGACCUGAAGACUGAUGGCUUCAGUAUGGAAUCAUGCAGGACCAUGGUCAACCUCAUGGAUAAAGAUGGCAGUGCCCAUUUAGGACUGGUGGAAUUUCAGAUCCUCUGGAACAAGAUCCGAAAGUGGCUGGUUAUUUUCAGGCAGUUUGAUCUUGACAAGUCUGGGGCCAUGAGCUCAUACGAGAUGCGGCUCGCUGUGGAAGCAGCAGGUUUUAAACUGAACAACCAACUGAACCAGAUUCUGGUAGCCCGGUAUGCAGACAAUGAAAUGAUCAACUUUGAUAACUUUAUUUGCUGCUUGGUCAAGCUUGAAGCCAUGUUUAGGUCUUUCCAGCAGUUCGACAAAGAGGGGUCAGGAGUGGCUGAGAUGAAUCUCACGGAGUGGCUUUACCUGACCAUGUGCGGCUGAGGAUGUCCCAGCUGUAGAAGAGGAGGAAGUAAAGUCAUGGUGCCUGCACCAUCUCCAAACACCCUUUAGCCUUCUAAACACCUCACCUUAGUUAAACUAAAUGUACAAUAAGAGCUGUAUAAUGGGAAACCAAAGUCCAACAAAGCCAAGCGUGUCCUAGUCAUAUUUAUUUAAAAAAAAAAAAAAAAAAAAACUAUGCAAACUCACAGUAGAAAGGCGUCACACUCCUUCACUAAAUGAAAAAUUUAAAAAGCAUGUGCCUGGGCAUGAUGAGCUGUAAUGUGCGUCACAAGGUCAUUGUUAUGUUUUGAAUUUUAGUUUUGCUUUCAUUAUGAAGUCAACUGCUGUAUUAAGUUUAAUUUGUUCUAAAAA